GUAAAAAUUUUUUUUUCUAAUGGAAAGACCUUAUACUUUACUUGCUGUGGCAAGUGUAAGUCUUUUAAUAGGGUUUUUUUUUGGAAAAAUACUAGGAAAUUCAUCCAAAACUUCGUAUGAUUUAGUUGAUAGCUCCGAUGAAGACGACUCGAGAAACAUAACGUCAUUGAAACAGAUAAAUCCAAAUCAUUUUGAUGAAUUCAAAUUAGUAUUGUUAGUUCGAAGUGAUCUGGGGAUGACAAAAGGAAAGAUAGCUGCACAAUGUUCUCAUGCAACAUUAGCAUGUUAUAAAACUUUACAAAAAACGAAUCCUCAGUUAAUAAGGGCAUGGGAAAAUUCAGGACAGCCUAAAAUUACACUAAAAGUUAACAAUUAUGAUGAAUUAUUGUCACUUGAAAAAAGAGCAAUAGAAUCCGGAUUAUGUGCGAGAAUAAUUCAAGAUGCUGGACACACGCAAGUUGCUCCCGGAUCUGCUACUGUACUUGGUAUUGGUCCAGGUCCUGUAGCAAUAAUCGAUAAAGUUACAGGCCAUUUGAAAUUAUAUUAAAUCUAUGAUAUAUUGAAUAAUUAAUAUAAUUAAUGUAAUACAAAUAAUAAUACUAUUCUAUUCUUUGGUAAUAUUCAAAUAAAGAGCACGAAUAGAAUCGAUAGUGCCAACAAUAGCACCAAAAGCA